CCUAAGAGUUGAAGCUGCGCUGGUUUGGCAUUCUUUAGUUUCGAUCAUGGUUUCGAUGCUGCUGAACCCAUCGCGGUUGCUUUGAGUGAUUUCCAGUUCGUGACAAUUGAUUCUCUGGUGACAAACGAUGAGCGUACUCACAUUGCAGAUCGGCCAGUGUGGCAAUCAACUAGGUUUCGAAUUUUUUAACGUCUUGGCGCAAGACUUAGGUGUUGGGGAAACCGAGACGCGCCGUGACAGCGAGUACCACAGCCUGUCAUCAGAGAGAUUUUUCGCUGUUGACCCUCAAGGUGGUCUACUUGCCAGUGCCGUCCUGGUUGACACGGAAAGAAAGGCUGUCGGCAGGGUGUUGAAAGAAGCCUGUAACAGCAACAAGUGGCACUACCCCAGUGGGGCAGCUUACACUAGCGCGCAAGGCGCUGGCAACAACUGGGCUCUGGGUUAUUUCGAACAUGCUGAGAAAGGCCUGGACGAGAUCUGCGACCUUGUGAGAUGCCAUGCUGAGCAACGAGACUGGUUGGACGGCUUCCUACCCAUUUUUUCUCUGGGUGGAGGGACAGGCAGUGGUUUGGGAACCAAGCUCACCGAGACCUUAAGGGACGAUUACCCAAACACACCUGUCAUAACAGCAGUGGUGUGGCCGUUCAAGUCAGGAGAAGUGUCAGUGCAGGCAUACAAUGUACUGCUGUCUCUGGCACAUUUACAAGAUUCUGCAGAUGCCCUCCUUGUGCUAAGCAAUGAUGCUCUGCACCGGGUGGUCACCCAGAGGUGGGCACUGCGUAGCGCCUCUCUGGUCGAGAUGAAUGCACUGGCUGCCAGACACCUGGCCUGCUUGCUGCAGCCCAGCCGAGACUUGCAUGGACUGCACACCUGUCUUGGUGACGUUGCCUCUGAGCUGGGAUGCCAUGGGUCUAUGAAGCAGGUGGGCCUGUUUCAGGUGCCACAGGAGCCACCUGCAAUGGCUGCUUUCAGCUGCAGCUCCUGGCAGGGUCUGGUGCGGGCCCUUGGCAAGAUGCAGCGCUGCCACAGUGCCACCGAUGAAGCCAUGGGCACUGAAAAAAGGCCUCCUACCUGUGUUGCCUCCCUGGCUGUUGCACGGGGCGAAGGGCUGUCGGCCCUCAAUACCACUGACCUCGCCUGCCGCCAUGCAACUUUUGUGGAGGCGGGUCAUGAGCUCAGUGUGUGGACAAAUCCUCACAAAUUUUUGGGCUCUGCUCGUACCCUGUUGCUUGCUAGCAACAGUGAUGCCUGCGUCCCUCACUUGGACUUGUUAGUAAGCCGAGCAUGGUGCCGUUUCACUGAGGCUGCCUACCUUCAUCACUACGCGCGCCAUGGACUGCAGGCUGAGGACAUGGCUGAUGCUUUUGUGCGUGUUGAGCAAGCCAUUGCUAGCUACAAACAACUGUCUAGAUAACAGCGUUAAAAGCUGGGCCAGUUGGUACAUGAUUGAAGGUGAAACAACAGUGAAAAACACAAUGUACACAAGCAAGAAGACAACGGGACAAGGCUGGAACUAACAAUUGAAUUUUUAUUAUGGGAAAUAAGCACAAUGUAACCUCCGGCACUCCUCUGGGUAUGCACAAAAGCCAUUCCAAGACCAUCGUCAAUUCUUGGGUUGUAGCGUAUCAGGUGAUUUGUUUCUAGAUUAGGUUUUUUCCGGUAGUCUUGUGGUGGUUUUCGCACAUUCACCUGAGGGCUGCUAAAGGGGAUAUAUUUGAUAUUUCCCUCAAUAAAAAUUUCAUUGUAAGUUCUAACCUCAUCCCAUCUUCUUGCUCGUGUACGUUGUGUGUUUUUGGCUGGUUUUUCACCUUUAACUAUCUAGAUAGCAUGAAUGAAUGUGCCCAUGCACACUAGUCAAAGGUUCACUUGCUUUCUUAUGAAUGCAGUCGAGCCAAUUCAUAUGAAACUCAGGUAUUUUUAGUAAUUCUUUGUAUUCAGCAGGGGAACUUUUGCACCCAAGUACUGUCUUUAAGUAUACUAUGUCCCUUAAGUAUACCAUGUAAACGUGUAUUAAAUGGUCAGUGCAUACGUUGA